AUGUCUUCCGAUAACGGCGCCUUCGCCGACCAAACAUCCUCGCCCUGCUCUUCUCCUCGCUCUGCCAGGAGUGGCGGCCCUGCCAUAGUGUCGACCGUCGAGCUCGCUGAUCCUUCGCUGGACCUUGCUGGCGUGCGGGCCUCGUUGAGUACGUUGCAGCAGGCCAUCGACCAGACCGAGGGACUGCGCGAGCGUCGUUCGGAUCACGAGGUUCUGCGUCGCGAGUUUUUUGCUACGCGAUGUCGCGCGGAGGAUCUGGAUCGUCAGCUUGCUGACGCGGCCGAUGCCGCGUCGCCCUUCGUGGUCUUUUACCAACACAAGUAUGAAGUAGUCCGUCACCAGCUGGAGUCUACUCGGACAGAGCUCGCCGAGUGCCUGAAUGCGCUACAGGAACGUCUCGAUAACUCCCGCGAUCUCGAAGCUUGCCGCCUUCGGUAUCACGACUUGCAGCUCCGCUACCGCGAAGCAGUGUCGGAGUUCCAAGAUCGGAUCUAUCCUUUGGAGGCGCAGCUGGCCACCGCCUCUUCCUUUGGCGUGAUUGUCCCACCUGACACAGCUUGUCGCAUAGCGGAUCUGGAGUCCCAGGUCCCGCGGUCCCAAUCCGACUUGCGAGUCGCGCGUAAUCGCCAGUCUUCUCUCUCUUCGGAGCGUUGUGAAUCAGCUACGUCUCACAAGGCUGCUCAAGCGGAAGUAGAUCGCCUCGAGGCCGCGAUCGAGCGUAUGACUUGUCGCUUCCGCACCUUGCGUGAUAACUAUGAGCGUCGCUUGAAGGUUGCCGACAACACGACCGCCACACAUUCCGCCGAGCUUGAUCGUUUGCAAGAUCGGGUAUCGACACUGGAUCGGGAUCUCCUGCAGGCUUCCCAGCGUGUCCGCGCGGCGAUCUCUCAGCGCGAUCAGGCUAGAGCGGAGCGUAUCGCCACCCAGGAUCGUGUCUCAGCGGCUUGA